AUGAGCGGCAUCAUGGUUUCAAGACUUGGGUUGGUAGCAAUAGCAUCAACAAGAGUUCCAGCGAUGUUCAUCUUCGGAGAUUCAUUGGUUGAAGUUGGGAACAACAAUUACCUGAGCUCCAUCGCCAAAUCCAAUUAUUUCCCUUACGGGGUCGACUUUAACAGAGGCCCUACUGGCAGAUUUUGCAAUGGCAAAACUUUUGUCGAUAUACUUGCGGAGUUGCUAGGUCUGCCGUAUCCUCCAGCUUUUGCCGAUCCCAACACAGCCGGAGCUAGAUUACUUGGCGGCGUAAAUUAUGCAUCGGCAGCUGCAGGCAUCCUUGAUGAGACAGGCCAGCACUAUGGGCAAAGGUACAGUCUAAGGCAGCAGGUGGCGAACUUCGAAACGACAGUGUACCAGCUGAGAACAACGGUGGGGAUGGGCGGAGGGAACCUGAGCAAUUUCUUGGGGAAGUCCAUGGCAGUGCUGGUGUUUGGAAGCAACGACUACAUAAACAACUACCUGAUGCCAGCCAUCUACUCUUCAAGUUAUAAUUACAGCCCCCCGCAGUUCGCCAACCUUCUCCUCAAUAACUAUGCCCGCCAGUUAGUGGCACUCUACGGAUUGGGACUCCGGAAGUUCCUACUGGCAGGGAUUGGCCCGCUCGGGUGCAUCCCUAACCAGAGAGCCAGCGGCCAAUCACCUCCGGACAGGUGUGUCGACUACGUGAAUGAGAUGCUGGGCACCUUCAACGAAGGGCUUCACUCCCUUGUGGAUCAGCUCAACCGCCAGCCGGGAGCCAUGUAUGCCUUUGGCAACACCUACGCCGCUGUUGCAUUUCUUGGUGCAGGGUUUAAUGUUGUGGACAGAGGAUGCUGCGGAAUUGGGAGGAACCAAGGCCAAAUCACAUGUCUCCCGUUCGCCAUUCCUUGUACCAACAGAAAUGUUUUUGUGUUUUGGGAUGCCUUCCACCCAACCCAAUCUGUCAACAACAUUCUGGCCCGUAGGGCUUUUUCUGGGCCCCCGAGGGAUUGCUACCCUAUAAAUGUCCAACAAAUGACCCUCUUCUCUUGA